UUAAUGCCAUCAUAUAUCACAAUGAGUUUGAUAUGGUCACCAUGUUUAAUUGUGCAGGUGAUUAUGUUGCUCGAAUAAAGUUUACUGUGUUGCUAAUGCCUAACGGAUCAGAUCGGAUAACGUCCCAUCCUCUGCAGGAGCUGCAGCCUACCAAGGCAAUAGAUGAUCCUGAAAUCAAGGCAUGGCUAGCUUUGGGCACAAAGACAGAGAAAAAAGGUGGUGGGAAGAAGAAGAAAGGAAAAAGGGUGAUAAAGCCGAUGAAUCGACUGAGGCAGAAGCUGGAACUGAGCCUAUGCAACAGCAGAUGGAGGAUCAUGAUUUUAAGAAAUGUACUCGUGUUCUAUUCUCUUUUUCCCCCCUCAAUUCUGGUCACUGUUAUAGUUGGAGAAGAAGGCGAAGAGCGAAGGAACGAGCAGCAUUUGGGAAUGGAGAAAGGAGGAUUAGGGAUUUUGGAGAAAGGAGGAUUAGGGAUUUUGGAGAAAGAAGGGUUAGGGAUUCGGGAGAGUAAAUUGGAAAUUAAAAUCAGAAAAGGAAUUGAAAAACGAGGGGAUUUGGACUUAUUUGAUGAAGUGGAGGUGGGCCAAGGGAGAUUGGUGUGAGUUGGAGCGGCCCAAUCAAUUGGCCUAAUACCUGGACA